UUUGUUUUUCCUUAGUGUCUCCUCAGACUUGAUUUCAAGAUGUUGUUUUGUAUUGAAUAAAUACAAAAUGUAUUGUCAUACUAAUGCGCGAUUGGAUGGGAAAGUGGUAAUUGUGACUGGAGGGAGUGGAGGAAUUGGCUACGAGGCAGCCAAAGUCUUAGCUGGACACGGUGCGAGAGUCAUCAUUGCAAGUAGAAAUGAAACUAAAAUGAAAGAAGCAAAGAAACGUAUCGUCGAAGCUACAAGUAAUAAUAACGUAGAUUACAGAGUUUUGGACUUAUCGUCGUUGAAAUCAGUGAGAAAAUUUGCCAACGAAACAUUAUAUUUAGAAGAAAGAAUCGAUGUACUAAUAAACAAUGCCGGCGCUGUAGGCUUGCCUGAUCGAUUGACAGAAGAUGGCUUAAAUCUUACAAUGCAAGUGAAUUACUUUGGGGCAUUUCUACUUACGUACUUACUGCUGCCUAUGUUGAAGAUGUCAGCAUCAAGCAGAAUUAUUAUUGGAACCGCUUCCGCAAUGUAUGUUGGAGCGAUUGAUUUCGAUCACUGGAAUGACGUCGGGAAAUACGACAUAGUGACAUCGUUAGCGAAUUCUAAGUUGGCCGAUGCAUUACUCAUGGUCGAAUUAGAUGAACGUAUCAGAGAAACAGGAGUUACUGUGAACGGAUUUGACCCUUUUGUCGUUCGAGAUACAGACAUCUUUGGAAAUAUGGAUGGUGUUCUGGCAGGUCUGUCACGCUUCAUCAUCAGUAUUGUAGGUAGAACUAGAGAAGAAGCAGGUAUUGAAAUAGCAUAUUUGGCAACCAGUCCGCAAGUGCAGGAUGUGAGUGGAAAAAAUUAUAAAUUUUGUCAUAUAUCACUCCUUCCUUGGUUUGUAUUUGAUAAAGAACUCCGAAAAAGAUUGUGGGACAAAUCAAAAACACUGGUGAAAAUUACGCCUGAAGAAGAUUGGGAAAGUAAACCAUAA